GAAAGCUGGAAUUAAUUACGUUCUUACCACCGAAGUGUACUGUACAUUCUGUGAAUAUAAGUGAAAUAAUAGAAUUGAGGAUCAUAUGUUCUUAGAUAUGGCUUCAAAACUUGAAAAAGAACCGGCCGGCCAGGUACUAACGGUGAGAAGCAAGAGAACGCGGGCUUUAAAAAUGCUUGGCGAUUACAUAGACACCUCCAUACGCAUUGUCGGCACGCUAUUCCUGGCGGAUGUGAUUACGCGCCUGGCCCACAGUGUAAUUGAGUAUUUCAAGUUCCCUCGAUACUAUUUGCCAGACGAUCGUCUGUCGACUAUAUUGCGGCGUUCCUGUACAUACGAUAAAAGAAUCGCCGUUACAUUACUGGGCUUUUUUGUACUGGGACUCAUUCGAUUGUCUGCAACCGGGAAUGGCAGAGCGCUAAUUCCAACAGUUGCGUACUUGGCCCAAAUGCCGCUGUACUGGCUAUUCACGGGACUUGGCAGAAGUACACUAAGCUCUUCCCACUGGAUAAGGGAACCACAUGGGCUUGACUAUGCCUCUGGAAUGGCAUCGAAUUACUUUCAUGGCUAUUUGAACCUUUCACUGCCCGAACGCAACGGCGACGGCCUCAAGCACCGCAUGGCAGUCUAUGAGGAAACACAUAAGAUUACGUUCGGACUGGACCGACUGAUCAUUCUCAUGCCAGACGAAAUGUUUGUGAAGGGCGUCAUCGAUAGCGAUUUGCUGGAGGAAGUCACACCAUUGGAAACGGUUCAUAUUCAACGUGCUGGUGUCAACCGACCCUAUAAACAUGCUGUCUACAAACUUAAACGCGAAAUCAAUGGUCAAUUCUAUUACUUUGCCAUUGAGGGUGCCACACCAAUGUUGUCCUUCUUCGAAUCGAUGCAGUCGCAUAUAUCGGCCACCUGGCAAAUGCAUGAAAUGAAGCGUGAGAUCUGGCUUAAGUUUUACAGGCAUUUAAAAGGGCUUUUGGAAACUUGGCCAGAGACCCGCAACUUAGUGGAGCCAAUCAUCUAUAAUUCACAUGAUGAUAAUGAUGAUCUUGUCGACGUUGGCGAAAUUAUCAUCGCCCACAUGGAGAACAAAAAAAAGAUCUACAAAAAGUCCGAUUGACAUAAAGUAACGAAAAUCUCUUAGUUUUUAGUUUAUGACUGAGCAAUGUAUCGACGCUCUGGAUGACAAUUUUCAGCAUUUAAAACUAAAGUGAAAAGUUUAUAAAAUAAAUUACUUUACUA